GGCCGCCGCCGCCGCCGCCGCUCCAACGCGGCGCUCCCGCGGCCCAGCGCGCAGUGAGCGCGGGGCCCUCUCGCCGCUCGCCCGCCCCGGGGCCCCCUUGUUCUCAGCGCCGCCGCCGCCGCCGCCGCCAUGUUGGGUUUAGAGCCGCAGCGGAGCCGCCGCCGCCGCCGCCGGUGAGGGAGGCCGAGAGCGGAGCCCGCCCCGCCCCGGGGCCCAGGGAGCGGGCAGCCUCGGAGCCCGGCCUCUCCCCGCCAGCCGCCUUCCCGGCCCGCCCGCCGUGCGAGCCAGCGAGCGAGCGCCGGGCCGCGGCCGCGCCUUCCGCUCCCGGCCCGAGCGAGCCCGCCGCCCGUUCGUUCCCCCGCCGCCGCCGCCGGGCCCGGCCAGAGCCUGCAGCGGAGCCCACGAGAGUCAGCGCCAUGGCGGAGCAGACCUACUCGUGGGCCUAUUCCCUGGUGGAUUCCAGUCAAGUGUCUACAUUUCUGAUUUCCAUUCUACUUAUAGUCUAUGGUAGUUUCAGGUCCCUUAAUAUGGACUUUGAAAAUCAAGAUAAGGAGAAAGACAGUAGCAGUUCUUCUGGGUCUUUCAAUGGCAACAGCACCAAUAAUAGUAUCCAAACUAUUGACUCUACCCAGGCCCUGUUCCUUCCAAUUGGAGCAUCUGUCUCUCUCCUAGUAAUGUUCUUCUUCUUUGACUCAGUUCAAGUAGUUUUUACAAUAUGUACAGCAGUUCUUGCAACAAUAGCUUUUGCUUUCCUCCUCCUCCCGAUGUGCCAGUAUUUAACAAGACCCUGUUCACCUCAGAAUAAGAUUUCCUUUGGUUGCUGUGGGCGUUUCACUGCUGCUGAAUUACUAUCAUUCUCUCUGUCUGUCAUGCUUGUCCUUAUUUGGGUUCUCACUGGCCAUUGGCUUCUCAUGGAUGCCCUGGCCAUGGGUCUCUGUGUCGCCAUGAUCGCCUUUGUCCGCCUGCCCAGCCUCAAGGUGUCCUGCCUGCUUCUCUCAGGGCUUCUAAUCUACGACGUCUUUUGGGUGUUUUUCUCUGCCUACAUCUUCAAUAGCAAUGUCAUGGUGAAGGUGGCCACGCAACCGGCUGACAAUCCCCUUGACGUUCUAUCCCGGAAGCUCCACCUGGGGCCCAAUGUUGGGCGCGAUGUUCCUCGCCUGUCCCUGCCUGGAAAACUGGUCUUCCCAAGCUCCACUGGCAGUCACUUCUCUAUGUUGGGCAUUGGGGACAUCGUGAUGCCUGGACUCCUGUUGUGCUUUGUCCUUCGUUAUGACAACUACAAAAAACAAGCCAACGGUGACUCCUGCAGUGCCUCGGGACCCGCCAAUAUCUCCGGACGCAUGCAGAAGGUCUCCUACUUUCACUGCACCCUCAUUGGAUAUUUUGUAGGUCUGCUCACUGCAACUGUGGCGUCCCGCAUUCACCGAGCGGCCCAGCCCGCCCUUCUCUAUUUGGUGCCAUUCACCUUAUUGCCGCUCCUCACGAUGGCCUAUUUAAAGGGUGACCUUCGGCGAAUGUGGUCUGAGCCAUUCCACUCCAAGUCCAGCAGCUCCCGAUUCCUGGAAGUAUGAUGGAUCCCAGAGAGUGACCAGAAUGGCCAUCUGAGUCCUUUUCUGUCAACGCGUGGUUUUGUUUCCUCUUAGAGCUGGCCUGGUACUUGGAGAUGUACCUGUAUAAGGAACUGACGUGUGACUGGAUUUUGCGUUUGCAGGGAGCUUGUUUGCAGGAGCGAGGUGCUGGAGCCCUGCUUGGUUCUUUCUCUUCCUGCCGUUGUAGAGGCGGAUCCCCUCCUGAAGUGACAGGCCCUCCCCAGCGCUCCUUCCUCCCCCGUUUUUAUGAACCUGCACCAGACUGUUACCUGUGGGGGUUGGAGAUAUGACUGUUUAAAACUGACCACGGCGAGGAGUCGUUCUCUACCUUUUGAACACUAAAAGGAUGAAAAAUAUUAGCAAACCGAAGUUUCUUCAGUGAACCCUCAAGAACUUUGGGACCAGUUUCCUAUGGGGGACUCCGUUUCAGAGAACUGAGACAGAAGAGCUUCUGUCGUUAUAUUCUUUCCUUUUUCUGGAUUUAUUAAAUAUUUUCUGUGGUGUGAAGUGACUUAUUAAAUCCACAGACAUUGAGUGACUUCUUACAACAUACACAAGAAUUUGUUGUAAUGAGUUCAUGUCCACCCAGAUGUUGUGUUGGCAGUGAACAAGGGCACGGUUUUUAUACAUACACACACGCACACAUCAAUAUAUAUGAAUAAACAAGAAUUAAAACCUGCUAAGAUCAUGCUGUGUAGCAGACAGGGACUUGCUGUAAUUUUUAGCAUGUAGAGCAGUUUACUCCGGCUUCCUUGUAUAUGGAUACGCUGCUGUCUCUCCCCUCCACAACUGAACGUGCAGUUAAAAACCAGUAUAGUAUUCGUACUGAUAUACUCAUGGACUUCCGGGGGCUCUCGUUUGGUUUUGAUCAGUGUAGCCAAUUAGGGAUGAAAAGUUCAAACUUUUUGGCCCUUUUGUUUUGUUUUUACAGGCUUCUCCCUUGCAGGGUUUUUAGUAGUUUCUUCUUGAACCAAUGCAUGUAAUAUAGCAGCAGGUGUCUUUGUGCUUUCUGAUCAUAGUAAUGUACUACUUGUAAAUACAUUUUUCUAUUUUCUAUUGUUUUUGUAUUUUUUUUUUUUGGCCUUUUGUUUCAUUGGUGUGCUGUAUUUUCCAUGCCCUCACUCCUUGAAGAAAAAAAAGGAAAAAGCAACAUGAUCCUGUCCUUGCUGUUGUGAUUAUAGUCUUGGUUUACCUGUGGUGACAACUGGGUAUUGGGGACAAAUGUCCGAUGCCCCUCUGAGCUGGGCCCUACAUUCCAGGCACAGCAAGCUGCUCUGUCCCCUUAGAAUUUGACCGUGUGCUGUGGUCUUUGCUGGAGAGCCAGCGUUCUGGUAUAACUAGUCUGAUCAUGUCAGCUUGCUUUUGUCUCAGCAGCCCCGGCCUGAUAAAAAAUGGCCCAUUGUAGAGGCUGAGAGAAGCCUGGCUACCUGACAGCAGAGGUGGGAGAAAGGCCCACAUGUCCCGCUCUCUCCCUUCAGCAGGUGACCUGCCUCUGCUUUGACCUGUGCAAUGAACUGGUGUGCUGUGCUUCUCCAUGGACAGAGCUCAUAGGCAGUGCGUGUCGCGCGGUCAUGAGGUCAUAAAGCGAUCAGGAGGGUGCGUUCCUCUGUUGUGUCUUCAAAUUCUGCUGAGGGCUGUUUUUGUUUUUUGUUGUUUUGUUGGUUUUGUUUUUGUUUUUUAAUAAAUGACUCCUUUCUAGCCUUUGUCACCUCAUCUUCACUUUUGGUUGUUGGUACCACACAGAGCUCCCGUCACCUCCUACCUGCUCUGCCUGUUCCAGAAGAUGGAUGGGAAGACCCUGUCUGUCUCCAGACAAGGUCACCUGUGGCUCUGGUUCAUUUCAGUCCUAGAGAUGUCAAAGAACUGAAGCUUCCAUUGUCCACAGAACUCAAAACAACCUCUGGAUUUGGUGAAGACCAAAGGUACACUUGUUUGCUCGCCGCUUAUCAGCUGUUCUUCCUUAGCCCUCCAGGAUGCUAAUGGCUAAUUAAAAGGGGCAGGGACUGGGGAACUCUUCCAAAAUGACUCCAUUUAAGGGUAAGUGCCAAUAAUGGUUAGAAGUAUUAUUGUGGCAGUUGGUCAUUUUGAUUUUUCUAAUCUUUUCAUAAAAAAACUAAAUUCCAGACAAAAGGAAGAUAAUUUUUUGUCAUCCUUGUUCCUGUGCAGGUUUAGGGGGGGGAAAUACCCUCAUGAGUCUCCUGGAUGUAAUUUGGAUCCCUAGCUGCUAGUCCUCAAAGUCCUUAAAACUUUGGCAGAGGAACCACAAAUACUCCUUUUGUUUUAAAUUAACCACAGCGGACACAUCAGAGUUUCCCCUGGUUCUGGAAGUAGUGCUGUUGUGGAGGUUGGGGGGAGGGGGGUGCUGCUUUUACAGCACAAGAUUUCGGUCUUUCCUUACAGUCUUCUCCCCUCCCCUGCCUGAUACAGAUUUAUGUCAUCUUUUUUUUAUUUUCCUGGUUUCUCAGAUGCUCUGAGUUCUGCGGUUUUCGAAGAAGUCUUUGCAUUAGGCAAGGAAUGUUGACAAGAGUUCUAGCACAGACCGCCUUCCAUCCUCCCUGGUCCGGGGCUCUUCCUCCUCUAAAGAGACUGAAUGCUGCAACUCUCACUCAUAGUAACUUUAUUCUAAUUUGAGCUAAUGAGAAUAGGACAACAAAGUUUAUCCAAAGCCUAGUAUGUUCCAUUACUGUUAUUACAGCUUCUGCUUUUCUGAAUAAGAUAGCAACACAAUUCCUUGUGUAGGGACAGUUCAAACCAGAACUGGAGGGCUUGGGAGGGGGUAGGCUACUAUCUGAAUUACCUUUGUAGCAUGCCAGCACAAGCCUUGGUUAAACAGGUAAGUUAUGUUACCCAUAAGAAAAACAAAAGACUAGUUCUCUGUGAGGGUGAAGGGAAGGGAGUUCUGUUUUGUCAAUAAAGUGUCAAAAA